CCACGUUGCGGGCGGAAGGGUAGAAAGGAGAGCUGGGGGCGGGAGCGUGGGUGUCCUGGAGCGCGGGGCAGAGCCCGGGGGGCAGUGAGAGCGCCGGGCUUCAGCUGUGACCUUCAGCUGGGUGGAGGGUUCCCAGUGAGAGUUAGGAGCCGAGGAGAGCGCCUGUUGUUGGGGGUUCAGACAGGAUGCAGAGGGCUGUAGAGAUGAGGAUGGCGAGGAGAGUCCGUGGAGGGGUGUAGAGGUGAGAUGAGACAGAGAAGCCGUCUAGAUUGAGGGACCGUAGAGGGUUCCAGAAGUGAGCUGGAGGGAGAAGUUGUAAAGAGAGGGACGGAGACGUGAAAGGAUCGUGUAGAUGAGCAGAGAUGUGAAGUAGCAAUGUACAGGCACCAAGGGGAUUAAGAAGGGUGUGGGUAAGGCAGCAGUUUGAGGGGCGAUAGAGAGAAGCCAGCUGUCGGAAGUCCUGGGAGUGCCCUGUGGAAGGCUCCUAGGGUCUAGCCUAGUGAAGGCGGCACACCAGACACCAAAAGUUUUUGCAGUAGAGGCAUCCCACUCUAUUAGGAAUGUGGCUCCUGCUGCGAUGUACUUAUCCCUUCCGAAUCUUGCUGCCUCUGCGAGGGGAGUGGGUGAGUCGGAGGGGCCUGCCCCGAAGCUUGACCCCAGGCCCUCCUCGCAGAAGGUACAGGAAGGAGGCGCUCCCAGCCUUAGAGGUGCCAGUGUCGCCUGUGACUACAACUGAAAUCCGCCAAUAUUUACGGGCGCAUGGGAUCCCAUUCCAGGAUGGCCACAGUUGCCUUCGAGCACCAAGCCCCUUUGUUGGGUCUUCAGACAUCAAAAACCAGAAGGAUUCGACUGCUUCCUUCUGCCUCUUCAUUGACAAGACCACAGGACACUUUCUCUGCAUGACUAGCCUAGCAGAAGGGAGCUGGGAAGACUUCCAGGCCAGUGUGGAGGGACGAGGGGAUGGGGCCAAAGAGGGAAUCCUGCUUACUGAGGGCCCGGAAGCUGAGGACAGAGAGGAGGUCCUGAGAAUCUGGAACCGAGCUAUCCCUCUCUGGGAGCUACCUGAUCCUGAGGAGGCCAAGCUGGCUCGUGUGAUGUUUGGCCUGUCCAAGGUGACAGAUGACACGCUCAGGAGGUUCAGCGUCCGCUAUCUCCGAUCUACUCGAAGUUUGGUCUUCCCUUGGUUCACCCCUGGGAGUGCAGGAUUACGUGGCUUGAAGCUACUAGGGGCUGAAGAUCAGGGGAAUGGAGUACAGUAUGUGGAGACCACCAUUCCCCGGCCUGGUGCCUACCACAACCUAUUUGGAUUACCACUGAUCGGCCGUCGGGAUGCGGAGGUGGUCCUCACGAGCCGUGAGCUGGACAGCUUGGCCUUGAGUCAGUCCAUGGGGCUGCCCACCCUUGCCCUACCGCGAGGAACGGUCUGUUUACCCCCACCUUUACUCCCUUACCUUGAACAGUUCCGUCGAAUUGUAUUCUGGCUAGGGGAUGACCUUCGGUCCUGGGAGGCCGCCAAACUGUUUGCCCGAAAACUCAAUCCCAAGCGAUGCUCUUUGGUGAGGCCUGGUAACCAACAACCUCGUCCACUGGAGGCCUUAAACCAAGGCUUAAGUCUUGCUCGUAUUCUUCGUACUGCGCUCCCUGCCUGGCACAAGUCUAUUGUGUCUUUCCGGCAGCUCCGGGAGGAAGUUCUAGGAGAGCUGUCAAAUGUGGAGCAAGCGGCUGGGGUCCGCUGGAGUCGCUUCCCAGACCUCAAUCGUCUGCUGAAGGGGCAUCGCAAGGGCGAGCUCACCGUGUUUACAGGGCCAACAGGGAGUGGAAAGACAACAUUCAUCAGUGAAUAUGCCCUGGAUUUAUGUACCCAAGGGGUGAACACACUUUGGGGUAGCUUUGAGAUCAGCAAUGUGAAACUAGCCCGGGUCAUGCUGACUCAGUUUGCCGUGACGCGGCUGGAAGAGCAGCUGGACAAGUACGAAGAGUGGGCAGACCGCUUUGAAGACCUGCCUCUCUACUUCAUGACCUUCCAUGGGCAGCAGAGCAUCAAGUCUGUAAUAGAUACAAUGCAACAUGCUGUCUACGUCUAUGAUGUUUGUCAUGUGGUCAUCGACAACUUGCAGUUCAUGAUGGGCCAUGAGCAGUUCUCUUCUGACAGGAUUGCAGCUCAGGACUACAUCGUUGGAGCCUUUCGGAAGUUUGCGACAGACAACAGCUGCCAUGUGACUCUGGUCAUUCACCCACGGAAGGAGGAUGACGACAAGGAGCUGCAGACAGCUUCCAUUUUUGGUUCAGCCAAGGCAAGCCAAGAAGCAGACAAUGUUAUGAUCCUGCAGGAUAGGAAGCUGGUGACUGGGCCAGGGAAACGGUAUCUGCAGGUGUCCAAGAAUCGCUUUGAUGGAGAUGUAGGUGUCUUCCCACUGGAGUUCAACAAGAGUUCCCUUACCUUCUCCAUCCCACCGAAGAGUAAAGCCCGACUCAAGAAGAUCAAGGAUGACAAUGGACUAGUGACCAAAAAGCCCUCUUCUGCCAAAAAAAGUGGUGGGCACCAGAACUCUGAGACUUGCUUAGGCCAGGACCCCAGUCCCUACCAGCCAGAUAGCACCAAGUCCUCAAGGUGAAAGCAGUGCAUAGCUGCUUGCUAACUAACAGGAGCUUGUUGGCCCAGGCUAACACAGACUCUUGGCCUUCUGCUAGGACUCCUCUCCCGUAUAGUCCUGAGCUGUGGAACCUUCCCGGCCUAGGGCUGGGUUCUGUGAUAAGAAAAUUUAACUCAGUAGUUAUUGGGGCCUCCCGUAUGCUGGAUUUUUAUAGUUUAUUAUUAUAUAUAACACGGAAAAGACAAGGUCUGUCUCCAAAGAACCAGCAUUUUGGUGACAGGAACGAGGCAAAGUGAAGAACGCUAGACUGCUCCAGCCAGUUUUCAUUAAGCAGUCUAAAAAGGUGUGUGAGCAGAGUGCACGUGAGAACUGAGAGUAGGUCCUGGGAGCCGCUGGAGAAAGGAUCCAGGCAGAGAAGCAUACGAAAACCCAAUGUGGGAGUGAGCAGGUUAGACAAUGAGGGCAAGCCUUGAACUGUCCUACAACAGGAGGCUUCUGCUGAAAGUCAGUGUCCAGGCAUUCAGAGACAAAGAGUGAUGCAGUGGAUACCAAGUCCUCUGCUCUCUGCUCUUAGAGCCAGGCAUGACUUAGCUGUACCUGUUAGAUCUGAUCCUAGGUGCUUAUCCCUGUAUUCUCGGCCUCAAAGAUGGGGCUUCCUCCCAGUGGACUGCAUCGCAGUAGAACCAUGGAAAGUUCUGUGAGCCCUCAGUGCCUGCCCCCUGGAUACUGACUCCAUUGUGUGCUGCCUCUGACAGCUGGAGUGAGGACUCUUGAGCCUUCUCUAGUUUGAAUGAAACA